AUGGCAGAGGGCUCAGUAUCAGAAGCAGAGGUGGAGACGGCCUUCAAGAAGUUUGCCAUUCAUGGGGACACCAAGGCUAAUGGGAAGGAGAUGAAUGGCAAGAACUUUGCCAAACUCUGCAAGGACUGCCGGGUCAUCGACGGCAAGAACGUCACCGCCACCGACGUGGACAUCGUCUUCACUAAAGUCAAGGCGAAGACAGCUCGUGUGAUCACCUUUGAGCAAUUCAGCCAGGCCCUGUCAGAGUUGGCCCCAAAACGUUUUAAAGGGAAGGGCCAGGAGGAGGCGCUGCAGCAGCUCUAUGGCCUCAUAGCAGGGAAGGAGCCCUCCAACGCGGGCGUCACCAAAGUGGCCAAGGCAGCGGCGGUGGACAGACUGACAAACACCACCAAAUUCACGGGGGCACACAAGGAGCGUUUUGACGAGACUGGCAAAGGGAAGGGCAAGGCUGGGCGAGAGGAGAUCCCAGAUGCCAGUGGCUAUGUGGGGGCCUACAAGGGGAAGGGCACCUAUGAGGAUAAGGUCAAGGAAGCAUAGGCAGGAUAGAGGAAACAGAGAGAGAGCUACUCAGACCCUACCAUUUACCCCAAAACCCCCCUAAAUACUGGACUUUCAAUUAGAACUGAGAACUGCACAGGUACAGGAGGAUGGACUGUUUAGUCACUGGAUGCCAUAGUAUCAGGGG